AUGCUGGGACGUUCGAUUCUGCGCGUGUCCAACCGGACUACCGCACGCCAGUCCCUCGGGAAGACCACGCGUGCCGCUUCCACCGCCGCCGGCGAGGCCGCCUCCCCCUUCUCCCUCACAGUCACUGCUUCCCUCGCAACUGCCGCGGCUGCCGGUUCCGCCGCAUGGUACUUCCAUCUCUAUGGCCAGGAGGCCUUCGCCUCGACACCCGCUGAGGAGGGUCUCCACGCCACUCAGUACCCUUGGGUGCACGAGCGUUUUAACAAGACUUUCGACCACGCUGCUCUCCGCCGUGGUUUCCAGGUCUACCGUGAAGUUUGCGCCUCUUGCCACUCCCUCACCCGUGUUCCCUGGCGCUCUAUGGUCGGUACCAUGCACACCGUCGACGAGAUGAAGGCCAUGGCCGAAGACAACGAGUACGACACGGAGCCCAACGACCAGGGUGAGAUCGAGAAGCGCCCCGGAAAGCUCUUGAUCACCAAGGGCCGUCACGGUGGCUGCAACUACAUCUUCUCCCUGCUCACCGGUUACCCCGACGAGGCUCCCGCCGGUGCCUCCGUCGCCGAGGGCAUGAACUUCAACCCCUACUUCCCCGGUACCGGUAUUGCUAUGGGCCGUGUCCUCUUCGACGGUGUCGUUGAGUACGAGGAUGGCACCCCCGCCACCACCUCCCAGAUGGCCAAGGACGUUGUCGAGUUCCUCAACUGGUCCGCCGAGCCCGAGAUGGACGACCGCAAGAAGAUGGGUGUCAAGGCCGUCGCUCUCCUGACCGGUCUGUUCGCCAUCAGCGUCUGGGUCAAGCGCUACAAGUGGGCCCCUCUCAAGACCAGAAAGGUCGUGUACAGCCCUCCCAUCGGCCCCCGCCGCUAA